CUAAGAGUGUUUUGCGGAGUACUCUCAUUACAGUUUUGAAUUUAAGGGUGUUAGGAAGGUAGGUAGCUGGCAGACUUGGCACCUUCCAUCUCCAAUUGUGUGCUCCGCUUGAAAACCCACCGCCGUCAAUUCUCCUCUAAUAUCCGUGUGUAUCUUUGUGCGUUGCUUCCCCUUGCUCGAUCGGAGGCUUGAUUCCUGAAUUUCUCCAACGAAAGAGAGUGGUAGGGAGGUCGGAAACUAGCAUACUAGAUGGGCCCCUUCCACCCCCAAUUGGGUGCUUCGCUUGAACAGCAACCGACCACGAUUUCCCUCUAAUUUCUCUCUGUUUCCUGCAGCCCCAUCGAUUGUCGAGUUAUACGCCGGAAUCAAUACCAAACGGCAGGACGAGCCUGGCAGGGAAGAUAUCAUGGUGAUGGAUAUGGCCAAGAGCAACGAGUGGGGGCGAUGUCCGCAGUGCAAAUUCUACGUGGAGAGGACUGAGGGCUGUCCUCACAUCAUUUGCAGGUUCUUGAGAAAGAAGAGUGAAUUCCAAGAACUGGAGCUUGAAUGGUUCACAACGAAUUGCAAGCUAUGGCAGUAACUGCGAAGGAAUGAGUCCAGAUUAUUGUUGUGCAAUGUUAUAACACCACUCUACUCUACAGGUUGAUCGAAAUUGAUUAUGCAUUAGUUGAAUUUACAUUCCAAUGAUCUGAUUCCAUAUUGAGUUUAGUUACUCGUGAAAAAUCAGAGAGGUAAGGGCUGUCAAAUCCAACCAUAUGUUCUAAUUCAACCAAACAAAUGUAUUCUUUUUAGGCUAAAUAUUUAGUAUUAUGCAGCUAUGUUCGUUUUGCUUAUUAUCUUUGCAAAUGGUGGAUGCUUAGGAGACAACCAAUUUCAUGUUGAACUGAAAAAAGAAAUACG